AUGAACUUUGCGUUCUCCUUCUUCUACACACCUCUAGAUCUCAUCUCCUGGGUGUAUCCUGCUGAAGUCUUCCCAGUCGAGGUCCGCGCUCUGGGCAAUGCUAUCACCACUUUCACCAACUGGGCUGUCAAUCCGUUCUUUGGGCAAUUCUCGCCUUUGGCACUCACAGCGAUCGAGUUCCAAAAUUUCUACGUUUUCUUCGUUUUGGACAUCUUCGCAUUCCUGUGCUACUGGACUGGUUCUUCUUUCCAGAGACCAAAGGAAAGACGCUCGAGCAGAUGGAUGAGCUAUUCGGCGACCAGCUGGUACCCCACGCCAUGCAGGAUCCCGAAGCCGCCGCAGCAGCUCUGGAGAAGGAUGAGAAGCUUCACGCUGUGGUUCAUGAAUCGGUCGUCUGAAGAUGAGAUUCGGUGCAUCGACAGGGACGAAGAUGGUUUCCGGGAGCCGUUGGAACGCCAGGUAUCCGAAGACAAAGCUUUAGUACAUGAAUUGAGAAACGAUCAUAUUGCUUUCAUGUCAACGCAUCUCGAAGGGCCUCUAUGA